AUGGUGUUAUUCAAACGCAAACCAGUCCAAUACCUCCCGCAAACUGUCAUUGAAGAUGAUAGUUCCGAGGUCUGGGUUAUCCCGGAGACCAAUGAGGUCUUUACCAGUUAUGAGCCUUACCUUCAGCGAAUGGACUUCUACAAACAACGCCGAUUCAUCUGUGAGAUCACGGGCCAUUCGGGUUUGACCUUCUUCGAGGCGCUCCGCAGUGAGACGGAGGAAUCACGCGAAGUCAACAACAGCUUCCCUGAUGCGCUGAGAGAACCAAUUCUGCGCAGAAUUCAGUUCUCGAUAGUUUCGAGGGUGGACAGCCUGGUGGACGAAAUCUAUGAAGAAUUCAAAUCAGACUUCUACCCGGGCGAAGCCGUUCUCAUUUUGCUUGAGGAUAGUAGUCGGCUUCAUGGUACCAUCAGAGACAAGGCGAACUUUGCAGAACAGCUAUAUGCCGAUGGCACCAUUAAGACACCUGCUUUUGCCAGGUAUCUGGUCAAGAUCCUAGAUCGACAGAACGAAGAGGCCCUGCUGGACCAGGACCACAUCACGCGCGAUCGAAAGGCAUUCACUAAAUUGAUGCUGCGCGGAUUCAUCAAAAACAACGUCACCAGAGAAUCGUGGACAGGCGCGCCCUGGUUGGUCAAGCCAUCUGUCGCGGAGACAUACAAGAUCCCAAUUGAGGUACCUAAGCAUCUGCAGUAUGGUGCGAAGGUGGCAGAGAAGAAGGCGAUGAAGAAAGCGGACCAAGAUGGCUUCUUUGGUUUCUUUUCUUCUCAGCAGCUGCCCGAGUUGAAACCUGCGGUGAAAGGACAGAAGUCGAAAUUGUCUGCACAGGACAUGGCAAAAUCGAGGGAGGCGCAGUACCAAGAGUAUCAGCGGUCACUGAAUGGUAACCCAUCAUUCCUUCUGCCUUCCAACCCCUUGCGCCCUUCCAAACCGCCACUGGUUGGCGAUAGGAAGCUUGCUGGACCCCCGGCAGUGGUCGUCAAGAACGAGCCGAGAGCACCAUCCCCGCCACCGAUCAAGUAUCCUAUCGAAGAUCUGGACCUUGCUCCUAAUUCCGAAAAGAAACACCGACCGACCCUCAAGUUUAUGAUGGUAGGUGAGUCUGAAGAUGACGGUACAGAGAACCUACUGCCUGAUGAUCUAGAGCCGGAAACGGUGGGGUUGCUCCUGGAGACUUGGGACACCCUCAAUGUCUACUGUGAAGUAUUCGAACUUGAUUCCUUCACCUUUGACGAUUUUAUCGAAGCUAUGCAGUUCUCAUCAGAUGAAGUGGAUUGCGAGCUUUUCGUUGAAGUGCAUUGCGCCGUUCUCAAAAAACUCGUCAACUCAUCGAACGACGAUGGUGCUGUUCAGAUCUCACUCCCGGAAUUCCCUGCUGAUGAUUCUGAUGAAUCUGAAGAAGAAGGCGAGGAAGAGGAAGAAGAAGCCGAGGAAGAGUCUCCAGAGCCGCAAGUGAAGCCCGGCAGAAUGACCACUAGAGGAAGCCUGGCCAAGGAAGAGGCAGUCAUCAUCAAAGCACAGAUCAAUGAAGACGAACCCGAGGAGACACAGAUUCACCGCGCUGGCGAGAUGUUUGAGAAGUAUGGGUGGAUUGACCGUCUCCGCAAACGCGAUUUCCACAACGGUGGAUGGCAGUUGGUGAUAGUUGGACUUUUGCACCAGCUAUCUAUCCGUCCUCGCUCGGAGCAAAUCUGCAACACCAUCCUCAAGCAUCUGGCACCUCUCGACCGUGAACCUACUCAGUACACCGUGCAGGAGCAGUAUCAAACACUCGACAUCAAUUUGCGUACCAAGGUGCUCCAGAUGAUUUGCAUGUUGAGUUUGGAGACCAAGGCCAUCCGAAACUACCUAGAAGAGUGCAGCAAUCAGAUGACAGAGUUGCGCAAGGAGAAGAUUGAGUAUCAGAAGGCGCGCAAAGCAGCACUCAUCGAGCUUCGUCAGCUACACCAAGAGCGUAAGGCCGUUCAGCCUGAACCUGAAAAGGCUGGGAAGUCACCUACACCGGUGCCCGAGCUGGACGGCUUAGAUGAUUCUCGAUUGCUGGAGGGAGACUCUGAAAUGGUCGGGGACACUGAAGACGAGGAUAUCCCUCGACCACGCUCGUUACGUGGAGGGAUCGAUCGGGCUCUCGAGCGGAAACGGAAGCAAGAAUUGGAAAAGGAGCGAAAGGAGCUAUUGGCCAAGCAGCCUAAGGGGUCCAAGCAAUACCAGCGAGUCUUGAAGAAGAUCGACGAGCAGAAGGCCAAUAUCGAGAAGCUCCAGGAGCAGAUCGAGACUGUGGAGAACAGCCUUCGCGAAACCGACUGCCCCAGGACCCGAUGCCUUGGAUUGGAUCGCUUCUGCAAUCGCUACUGGUGGUUUGAGCGUAAUGCGAUGCCCUACGAGGGUAUGCCGGAAAGUUCAACGGCCGAGGCACACUACGCCAAUGGCCGUCUGUGGGUGCAAGGCCCGGAUGAAAUGGAGCAUGCUGGUUUCAUCGACGUGACCGAUGAACAGCGGAAGCAGUACCAGAAACAUUUCCACACCACCCCCGCAGAGCGCAAGAAGCACGAAGAAGGGCCAACUCACGUGUCGAAUGCUCGUGAAUGGGGCUACUACGAGGACCCCGAGGCAAUUGAACAGCUUGUGGAGUGGCUGGACUCGCGCGGCAACCGGGAGUCCAAGUUGCUUAAGGAGCUGCUUCUCCAGCAAGAGUACAUUGCCAAGUACAUGAAGAAUCGCAAGGCGUACCUAGCCCAGACGCCUGGUAGAGCCGAAUCGGAGGAUAUCCCAGCCAAACGUGUGACCACCCGGACCAAGACCUACCUGGAUGUGAACGAGAGUGGCCCCCGCUGCCUGCGCUGGAAAAACACGACUGCGUUGUCUGAGAAUGGGCAUCUUCAUGUUGACCCUAGCCGGCCGGCCAAGCGCAAGCGGGUUUCGGAUGACACUAGAGUGACCAAGGUUGCCAAACAGGCUAAGCAGGCUAAGCCUUUGACCCGAACACGCUCUCAGCGCAAGGGUUGA